CUCAUGAUUUCUAUCACUUCAGGCUACAAUGCCUGGCGCAGGUUCUGUGGUCUGUCCCAGCCUCGUAACCAGGCAGAGCUGGCUCAAGUUAUGAGGAAUCCCACGCUGGCUCAGAAGCUCCUGCAGCUCUACGGGACCCCCGAAAACAUCGAUGUGUGGCUUGGAGGAGUCGCAGAGCCAUUUGUGCCUGGCGGCCGCGUGGGUCCUCUGCUCUCCUGCCUCAUUGCAACUCAGUUCCAGAGGAUUCGUCAGGGUGACAGACUGUGGCACGAGAAGCCCGGUGUUUUCACGCCACAGCAGAGGCAGGCUCUGUCUGCUGUUACACUCUCCAGAAUCAUCUGUGACAAUACCGGCAUCACAUCUGUGCCCAGCGAUGCUUUCAGCAUCGUCUCAAAUACGAACCGCAUGGUGCAGUGCUCCACUCUGCCUCGCCUGAAUCUUUUAGCAUGGAGGGAGACACCCUCCAGGCUCUGUGACUCCGGAUCCUCUGCCGGUUGUUUAGAGUCCAGUGACAGAGAGAACCCAACCCAGACCGAUGAACUGAACAAUCUGGACCCUCUGGAUCUCCAGGAUGCCUUAGACCCAGAGGACCCUGUAAAUGUUCGUGGUCCUCUGGACCUCCAGGAACCACUGGAUCUGCAAGAUCCAGAUGUUUCAUUGAAAUUUGAGACCAAUGAGAUCCUUGAAGACCAUUCAGCCCCAGAUGCCCUCUAGGAUCACCGAUAUUCAAACAUCAGUUUCCCUUUUGGGAUGACGGCCGAUACUGAGAGAAAUUCAUUUCUUUCCAUCAUUAAAAGCAAAACAAGCCAACACAGAACUCGGACACACCUGUUUAUAUUCUUCCGUCAUUGACUCUGCUCUUCUUCCAUCAGAACAGAAAGCUGGGAUUACGAUCGAAAUUGUCAGGCUGGCCAUCAACAUUUUCUUUUCAGGACAUUUGUUCUUCACUAUGGGACAUAAACACACCCUGUGGAGUACUCAUUACUUUAGACCAACAUUUAGCUUUAUGCUUACAAAUUUAGAACUAGCAACUACUUAGCAACCUAGAACAACUGGAAUCAACAUUUAGCUUAAUAGUUACUAAUAGCAGAACCAACCAACAUUUAGCUUUGCAUACUUACUAAUAGCGGCCCUGAACAAGAAUGUGGAGUACUUAUUACUUUAGACCAACAUUUAGCUUUUUACUUUUAAUAUCAGAGCAAGAUCUAGAGAAACUCCCGUUAGUUUACCUCUUAACCCAGAACUGGAAUCAAACAUGGAAACCCAACAUUUAGCUUUAUACUGUAUGCUUACUAAUAGAAUCAAACAUUGAGAAACAAACUUAAGAUCCAGAUCUAUUACUUUAUAGAUUAUGAUCUACUUCUUGUUAUUAAACAUGGGGAACCAAUAUUUAGUUUUGUACUCUAACUUUUAUCUUUAGUUUUGUUGUUUUCCUUACAUUUCCUUUUAAUUCAUGUAAUGCAUUUUGAACUGCCUUGUUGCUGAAAAUUUGCUAUAUAUAAAUAAAAUUAGCUUACCCUCUCCAGGAUGAACUUCCCAUUAAAAAACACCAGUGACUUGUGGGCUUUUAAAUUUAUUCCCGUCAGUCAUUCACAGCAGCAGAUGACCAGAUAAAGACACACCAUACCACUGUAUCCUCAUUUUACACUUUAUUGUAAUUAAAUUGUGAGUUUUACGCUAAAACUCAGAAUGAUAUCCCUUCCAUGGGUUUAAAUUGAAGGAAUGUGUUUAACUCUGUUACAACUUACAGUCAAUUAAACCAAAAAUUAGUAUUUGGCCAUGUUUGACUAUUAAAUUGUGAACAUGUUAUGCACUAAUAACUUGUACCUUGAAAUGUUAUGUUCUGCUUUGUUUGCUAAUAUUUUGGUUUGCUGCAACUUUGUUGUCUUGUAUUGAACGUUUCAUUCAAUAAAGCAAUUGAGCAAUCAC